ACGCCCGUCAAAAUAACCGACCAAUUAGAAUCAUGAGUUCGAGAGUCACUGCAGCAAACCGGUUCCUCCUUCUCGUACAUUCAUGGUGUCCCACGGGCCGCGACAAGUAAAACUUGGCCACUAUCGAAUACACAGUCACGGGUGAUCGUCCGUUUAGUGGGAGUGAGUGUGGCCGGCUGGUGAAAAUGACAACAGACAGAGAGCCUUCCGUCACUGUUAAACUCCUUCACCUCAUAUUCCUCUCCACCUUUUGGGGAAUGCAGAUAUGGGUCACCUUCAUAUCAGGAUUUGUAAUGGAUAAUCAUCUAAACCGGCACACGUUUGGCUUUAUCCAGAGCAGGCUCUUCCCGUUUUACUUGCAUAUCGGCUCAGCGUGCGCUUUCCUCAACCUGACUAUUUUCGCCAUGUACCACCCCAGCGAUCUGUUGGAUGAAAAAGAGUCCUUUCAGAUCUUCAUUUAUUUUGUCUGCGUGACCGUGGCAGCAGUGAAUUCGCAGUGGUUUGGUCAGAUGACCUCAGAGAUUAUGGCAGAUAUGCACCUUAUUGAGCAGGCCUGCGGGUUGGGUCAGGACAUUGGACUCUCAUCUAAUCGGGAGGCCUAUGCCAAGCUCUGUGAGACGGACCAGAAGUAUAAACGUUUAAGUGGCCGUCUAUGGUUAUACCACAUGCUUUCCUCUCUGUGUAACCUAUGUUGUAUCAUAUGUAAUGGAUACAGUCUAUAUUACCUGGCAGAGAACCUCACCACAAUUUAAUCGCCAUCCUGCUCCUCCUCCAGAAUGGUGUACAUGCCCACAAUGCAAAGCAAAACCCUUGAAUUGCAUCAUUGAUGAACUGCUCUCAGGUACUGAAUUACCUCCUGACAAAUCUGGUCAUUAUUGUUACGAUUGUGUCUUUUAUGUAUUUGUUAAAUGUGUGUAAUGUACAGUUAUUGUUUGUAUUCAUUAUGUUUUUACAAGGGAAGACGUUACAGCUAGUGUGUGUGAAUGAGAAGAAAUUAAAGCAAUGACAUCAAAAAAUGAGAAAUUACAAUUCAAUUCUGUUGUGUUUUGUUCAAAUGUGGCUUAAAUUAAAAGCCGUUUCUUGACAAAAUGUAGUCACGCAUGUUAUGCAGGCGUUUUUGAUUUACGCCCAGCUGCCUCACAGCCUUCUUAUUUUUAUACUGUGUAUAUGGCGUAGUAUUGAAUCAAUGCAUUAGCUACAACCAUGAAUACCUUCUCAAACUGUUUUGUGUCCUGCUGAUUGUUAACAGUCAGAGAUAUUGAUGUUAAAACACACUUCGAGAUGCGAUUGUACGUUGUCUGAUUCUGCAUGCAUUACAUUGAUCUUGGUUGCGGCACAAAUUAGUUUAUCUCCUGUUUAAGUGCUUUGUCUUCAUGCUGUGCCCUUGCAGGUAAGCAGCUGCUGACAGUAAGCAGAACUGCAUGGGUGUGUGCGAAGGACACAAUGUCUUGACAUCAUGGUUUUAUGAUGUGCAAUCAUUCGUGGGCAUAUAAAAUAUGUAUUCGGAAAUUAAAAAUGCAGUUGUGGCUACA